UAGAGCAGCGGGUCGUACUGGCGACUCAGCUCGUCGAUGCGGAACAGCUGUCCGCCGCGCUCGCGAACGACGAUGUCGCGCCGGUCCCCCAUCUCGUUAGGCAUCAGGACCGUGACCUUCAUGGUCCUAGCUGGAUACCUUAACAGCGCCAUUUGACACGUGUGUAAGUGGUUGCCAAAUGUGUUGAAAUGAUGAAAGCAAUUAACCCGUCAUGGUUGCUAGGGGUGCUGCCACCAUCGAUCUUCGCUGGAGUACUUUCAGCCGCCUGUCAUUAAAAACUUUUCGUCAGCGAUUCCCAGACACGAAAGCCACACACGUUGGCAGCCGUUUAUUAUCAUCCAAAAGUCUAGGCUAUUCCAUGACUUCUCAUUCACUCUCCACCGGCGUACACACUCACUCACUCACUCACUCACUCACUCACUCACUCACUCACUCACUCACUCACUCACUCACUCUCGUCGACCACAUUAACUUCAGUCUCCGGAGCGAGCCCUCGCGGACGCUGAUCACGACUUGUCUUGCGGCGUAAGUCUUGGAUUUUCUCGUUGAUGAACUUGUUUAUCUGCCCUAGCACGACCCGCUGCUAGUCGGAACUCUUUCCGCGUUUAUCCAUGUAGCAAGUUACUUCGCCUGUGAAUGCAGAAAAUAAAAUCAUUGGCACGGAAGGGGUCAGUGAGGCAGCAGCCAUGCCACUAUUUUUGAAGAGGACCCAGUAAAAAUACCAUUAGAGAUUACCAAAUGGCCUUAUUGAACACUUUUCCAAAUGGUCCCAAAGAGGCUCCUCUUGAAAUGUGUCCAAUUGGUCACCAAUAGGUAACCAAUUGAUCCCGUUUCAUGACCAUUUGAAAUGUUUUGAAAUGGUCACCAAUAGAUAACCAAUUGAUACCACUUCAUGACCAUUUGAAAUGUGUUGAAAUGGUCACCAAUAGGUAACCAAUUGAUCCACUUCAAGACCAUUUGAAAUGUGUCCAAAUGUUCAUGAAUCCAUUUGAAUCCAGUUCAUGACCAUUUGAAUCUACCAAAUGGUUUCCAUUUAAACCUAUUUCAUGCCCAGUUGAAAUGGUUUUCAAAUGGUCCCAGCUGGAUUACCAUUUGAAGAUCUUUUUUUAAGUCCAUGCAUUUCGUCCACAAAAUAACAAACUGCAUCGUGAAUUAUUUUUAUUUAUUUUUACUCUGCAAGCAUAUACUCGUACAUUUGCAUCAGCAUUCAGCAUCUACCUACAAACAUUAUCUACAUUGGUCAACACUGCACAUCGAUGAGGCGAUUGCUACGAGUAUCAACAUGUUUUUUUUUUUUAAACAAUGUAGUAGGGGAAAGUGGGGUAAGACGGGCACCUUAACUUUGGAGCCAUUUUUCGGCCGGUUAGAAACAUCAUAGAAACGGGAAACUGGGUGAAAACCUUUUUCAGACAUUUUACUUUCAUUUGCCAGAAGAUGAGACUUAGACCUGAUUCAACAAAUAAACUGCAGCUAUUUUUGCAAAACCUUGCAAAAACCCGUCUUACCCCACCCCAUGGGGUAAGACGGUCACAUGGGUAGGGCAAGACGGCCAGCUUCUUUCACCGAUCAGCGCAGCUCGCAACAAAUGCCCGAGAUUAGCCGCAUUUAUACAGUCGCUCGUUGGUCUCAAGUGCUUCGGAAAUGGCAGUAUACGAGAUUCGUGCAGAAGGCGUAUGCUCCUAUAUAGGCCCUAGUUCAGAAGCCAUGUAGAACCGUUUUUCACAUUCAUUAUUCGAGAAUAAACUGUGCCGAAGGAAUAUUGCUAACAUGUCUGUGAGUAUCGGAAUCGAACAUAUUCUUAUUAGAAAUGCUUCUUUUUUCCUACAGCAACAAAAAUAUUUUCACCAUUACAGACCCAUUGGGUUCAUAGUUGCCCGUCUUACCCCAAACUCAAUGUCAGAAGUUCAGCACGAUUUUUCGCUGUGGACAAUUUGAUGCAGACAAAGCAAAUCCGCCGUAAAUGAACACUGUUGGCAUAUGAGUGUACCACAAGUGAUUGCGAGUUUUUAACUCUAUAGUGCUGUACACAAAAGCUUGCACAAUACAUUAUGGAUGUUUUCAAUGAAAUGAGUGUUUUAAAGAAAUCAAAAUAAAAGAUUAUCGACUGAACACAAAUUCACCAGACUUGAAUGGUGGUGUGUAGUGGGAAAGGCAAUUCUGGUCCUAACUUUUCUUGCUCGUAGCGCUAUUGGUUUGGUCUGCAGAAGGGGUGCCCGUCUUACCUACCCUGACCGUCUUACCCCACUUUCCCCUACACUGGGCCAUAGGUACGCCAUUUCACAUAGGUACAAUGAACGACAUGAUACAAUAUUAUUCCGCUCGGUGUUGCUAUUUAUUGUUUCGACAGAUUUCUUCCGUGGCGAGCAGAAUUUUCAGAACGUAGCUAUGCAGGCAUGCAGCCCCUCUGGACCCAUGUAGAACCGGUAGACGGUGUCGGCCCGGUGCAAGUUCGUGCCCGCAACAGUACAGGACAGCACGGGUUAAUUGGGCGAUGGGGUUUCCAUUUGGAAACCAUUUCGACACCAAUUGGGAUCAAAUGGGAAUUUCUUCCAUAUGGAAACCAUUUCGAUACCACUUGGGAUCAAAUGGGACACACCAUUUGAGCUCUUGAUGAGAGGAGUGAGAUGCCGGUAAAAUGAAGCUUAUGCAAUUUUUGCAUUAAAUGUGUUUACUGAAAAAGUUCAAACAAAAUUUGUCUACUAUAUAGAAGAAAAAAUAACUUGUACUACGCCAAGAUGAAUUGGCCACUGCACUGGCCAGUGGCCAGCGCCGACACAUCCCAGCCUUUGGGUGAACUGCUAGUUACAGUGUCACUCUGUAGGUGGCGCUGGCAUCUGACAAGGCUUCAAGAGAUCCUGCUGCGCCCAAGCUGGCUCGAUAGACCGCCGACCUUUUUUUUUGCCGUUGAUGACAGGCACUAUGUUUAACCCUAUGGACAGUUACUUGUGCGCUGGUAUGGUCUCCCGCCAGGUGGACCGUCCUCCAUGGCCUGCGGCGGUUUGGGUUGGCGUCGGUCGCUCUCCAGGGCUGGCGCCGCCGCCGCCCGCUCUACUGCUGCGAGCUGACGACCCGUGCUGGCGGCUCCAUGCCGCGCCGUCCCCGCCGCCGCCGACGGGGCCUACCGGCGGCCCCUGCAGCCAAAAGGACCGCCGACGCAACGACCGUCGCGAGACCGAUCAAGAGACCUCGGGAGGAGCCGAGAGAGCUCGCCUGGUGGCAGACGGGCACCAUCUACCAGAUCUACCCACGCUCCUUCUGUGACAGCAACGGGGACGGCGUCGGCGAUUUGCCAGGCAUUCGCACCAAGCUCGACUACCUGAAGGACCUGGGCGUGCGCUCGCUAUGGCUCUCUCCGAUCUACAAGUCGCCGAUGAAGGACUUUGGGUACGACAUCUCCGAUUUCCGCGCCGUGGACCCGCUGUUCGGCACGAUGGAGGAUUUCGACGGCCUGCUGGCCGACGCCAAGGAGCGAGACAUGCACCUCAUCAUGGACUUUGUGCCGAACCACAGCAGCGACCAGCACGACUGGUUCCAGCGCUCGGUGAGACGCGAGGACAACUACACCGACUUUUACAUCUGGGCGGACGGUGUGGGCGGCGGCCCGCCCAACGGCUGGCAGUCGGUGUUCGGCGGGUCGGCCUGGACCUACAACGCGGCACGCGGCCAGUAUUACUACCACCAGUUCCUGCCGCAGCAGCCCGACCUCAACUUCCGCAACCCCAACGUCGUCAAGGAGAUGGAUGAUGUCAUCCGCUUCUGGCUGGACAAGGGCGUCGAUGGAUUCAGGCUGGACGCGCUGAAGCACCUGUUUGAGACUGAGGAUCUGGCCGCCACCGAGCCGCGUCUGCCCAACACGACUGACUCCGACUGGGGCGCGUUCAACCACACGGGCGUCACCACCGACCUGCCCGAGACGUUCGACGUGCUCUCCGGCUGGCGCAGCAUCUGCCAGGAGUUCGAGGACAAGGACGGCGAGCACAGGCUUCUGAUGGCCGAGGUAUAUGGCGAGACGAGCCGUCUGAUGCAGUACUACGGCAAUGGCACCGACAUGGCCGACUUCCCCUUCAACUUCCUGCUGGUGGAGCGUCUGAAGUCAUCGGCCGACCUGACGGGCACCAGUCUGCAGUCGGCUAUCGACGAGUGGCGCCGUGCACAGCCCAACGACACGUGGGCCAACUGGGUGCUGGGCAACCACGACCAGCCGCGCGUGGCGUCCCGGGUCGGCGAGGAGGCGGCCGACGCGCUCAACAUGCUCCUCCUGCUGCUGCCCGGCACGCCCGUCACCUACUACGGCGAGGAGCUGGCCAUGACGGACGCCGAGAUCGCUCCGCCGCAGCGCCAAGACAAGGCCGGCCGCGACCCGCAGCGGACGCCGAUGCAGUGGAACGCCGAGGCCCACGCCGGAUUCUCGGCGGCUGAGCCGUGGCUACCGGUCAACUCCAACUAUCGCGAGGUGAACGUGGAGACCCAGCUGGCGGCGGAUACCAGCCACCUGAAGGUGUACCGCGCUCUGCAGAAGCUCCGGUCGGGCGCCGGAGCCGAGUCUCUCACCGCCGGCGACUACACAGAGCUGGUCGUCUCUGAUAAGAUAUUCUCGUUCAUGCGUCUACGCAGCGGCAACCCGGGCUACGCCGUGAUAAUCAACACAUCCGACCAGACGCUGUCGGCAGACCUGACCCAGGCCGGCUCCAAACAGCUCGCCGAUGAGGGCACUGUGGCCGUGCGUAGCUCACAGGCUACCAGCGAGGCCACCGGCGUCGGCACCCGCGUCCAGUUCAAGGCGGUGCCGCUCGGGCCUCGCGAGGGCAUUGUGCUGUCGUUCGUGCCCAAGGCAGCCUCGUAAGCCGGUGGCGGCGACUGCGGGCGGUUUGCGGCGAUCGCUGAUGACGUCUGAUGGCGCGUGAUGUCCUCCGAUGACGCGUGAUGACGUUCGGUGACGUCUGGUGACGCCCGUCGACUCCAGGCCAGCGGCGGCCCACCAUCGGUCGGCCGGAUGGCGUAAUGUUCUGUUGUCUGAUGUUGGACCGCUGCCGGACAUUCAGGGACCCAAUCGGUCUGGAGUCUGGUAAAUUGGCCUACAUAUGAGAUUAUCGCAAUAUACUGGCCCCUUUAA